GCGAGUCUCACCCAGGUGUAUGAACAUAUUCAAACUACAAGAGAAACCCUCACAGGAAAACAACAUUAUCGAACAACAAUGGCGGAUGAAUCACCAGCAGUAGAAGAACAAGAACCUCUCCGCCCACCAUCCACAACACUCUUCCCUGUAUCCAAACAAACCCCAUCUGCCCCAAUUAACCCUCUACAAGUCUCCAAUUCCACCACCCCCACCCCCACCCCCACUUGGCUCACUAACACCAGCUUCACCGCCGACAUAUCAACCAUCAACGACGUCGUAUCCUCCCUUCACCACCACCACACCGAACCCGAACAAACUGCAGAAGAACAACAAACAGAUGAACGACGUCGUUACGAUUUGGUUGACUCGUCCGCAUCGGAUCAGGAUGAGGAUGUUGAUGUUGAUGGCAGAAGCAGUAGGAAAAAGGAGAAACGGAAACGGAGGAAGAGGAAGCAGAGGGAUUAUGAAUAUGGGUCUUUGUCUAGGAAGCACAAGAUUCAGUCAUGGGCGACUGAUGCUACUGGGAGUAAUAAAGAGUAUUACUUUGAUUCGCGUGGGGAUCUUGAUAAUUUGGCUUUUGGUUCUCUUUACAGAAUGGACAUUGCUAGAUAUAAACUAUUUCAUGGAACCAAGUCUUCUUCGUUUAACUACAAUGCAUUCGGUCCGUCGAACACAAAGUAUUCCGACUUCGAUAGAGAUAACGAUGCGAAUUCAUUAGACACUAAACUCAAAUCCGAAGGACGUUACUGGUCCGCUAAGUACGCUGCAUUAGAGCACCAUAGGAACUUUAAACGCUUUCGAAUCGUCGCUCCUAAAGACUCAUCCCAACAAACCGCUACUGAUUUCAUACCACUUUCAGAUGAGACAGCUUCAAUCGACGGUCAACCGACAAAUUCCUCAAUAGUCGAAGAAUCAUGGGAAGAUGAGGUGUUACGGAAAACAAAACAUUUCAACAAAAUGACGAGAGAGCAACCGUAUAACGACAAAAUUUGGUUAGAAUUUGCGGAAUUUCAAGAUAAAGUUGAAAGCAGACAGCCGCAACGGGGUGCGCGUUUACAGACGUUGGAGAAGAAGAUUAGCAUAUUGGAGAAGGCGGUCGAGCUUAAUCCUGAUAACGAGGAACUACUUCUUGCGCUUAUGAACGCGUAUCAAAGACGAGAUAAUAAUGAUGUGUUGAUUGGUAGAUGGGAGAAGUUGUUGACGCGCCAUUCGGGGAGUUACAAGCUUUGGAGGGAGUUUUUGAGAUUUGUUCAAGGGGAUUUUUCGAGAUUUAAGGUUUCAGAAGUGCGGAAAAUGUUUGCGAAUGCGAUACAGGCUCUGUCGGCUGCAUGCAGCAAGCAUCAUAGGCAGGCUCAACAGAACGAUAAAUCAUCAGCGGACCCACUUCUUGUUCAACAAGAACUUGGACUGGUCAAUACAUUCGUGAGUUUAUGCCGGUUCGAGUGGAAUUCGGGCUAUCAAGAAUUAGCUACAGCUUUAUUUCAGGCGGAAAUAGAAUACAGUUUAUUCUGUCCAUCUUUACUUCUAUCCGAGCAUGGUAAACAAAGACUGUUUGAGUACUUCUGGAAUAGUACCGGUGCACGAAUCGGAGAAGACGGGGCCCACGGGUGGUUAAAUUGGCUCGAAAAAGAGGAAGAACAGAGACAAAAGGCGAUGAUAGAGUCUGAGUCAUCUGCUAAUGUUGAUGAAGGCGGCUGGACGGGUUGGCAAGAACCUAAAACCGAAGGUGACGUGGCAGUUGCUGAUGUUGGGAUGGUUGACGGUGGUGAAGAUGAUGAUGUGGGUAUGGAAGAAAAAGAUGAUACGGAGGCUUUAAUGAAGUUGCUUGGGAUCAAGGGUGAAAUUGAAGCUAAUGGUGAGGUGCAAGAUGUAUCGACGUGGGUUAAAUGGUCAGAGGAAGAGUUGUCGAGAGACUUUAAUCAAUGGAUGCCUGUUCGCGCGGAAUCUGGGAGUUCAGUUAAGGAUGAGCUCGUAGACAAGGAAGGUGAUGACCAACUUCUGAGAUCGGUAUUAUUUGAGGAUGUGAGUGAGUACUUGUUUUCAAUAACUACAGAGGAAGUUCGUUUGUCACUCGUGUACCAGUUCAUUGAUUUCUUUGGAGGGAGAAUUUCACAGUGGUCUUCAACUAAUAGCUCGAGUUGGGCCGAGAGAAUCCUAAUGAUGGAGUCACCGCCAGAUUCAAUGUUGGAUGACUUGAGGAAAGCCGAGGGGAUUUUGAGAAAAUCUGAAAGCUGUGAGAGCGGUUACAGUUUAGAACAUGUUUUGAAUGGCUUCGAUAACAUACAUAUGAGAAGUGAGAUUAUGAAAUUUGUUCGGAAUGUUACUUUACAAUGUUUAAAUGUAUUUUCGCAUGACCACGUUUUAAAAGAAGGUGCACUUGUUGCCGAAGAGCUUUCGAAAACAAGGAUGAAUUCAUGUUGUGUUGCAGUCACUCCAUGUCGCCCAUUGGCAAAGAGUCUGUUAAAAAGCAACCGCCAGGAUGUACAUCUAUGCGGUGUUUACGCGAAAAGGGAGGCUGCAUUCGGAAAUAUAGAAUACGCACGAAAGGCGUUUGACAUGGCAUUGUUAUCAAUUGAAGGCCUCCCAUGGGAUGCUAAAUCAAAGGCCGCCCUUUUGUUUUUUUGGUACGCGGAGGUGGAGCUUAACGGUAACUCGUCAGAAUCAUUACCACGUGCAUUGCACAUUCUUUGUUGUUUGGGAUGCGGGAUAAAAUAUACUCCGUUUAAAAGUCAACCAUCAAGUCUGCAGUUGUUGAGGGCCCGCCAAGGAUUUAAGGAACAAGUAAGGAUGAUUCAGGCAACGUGGAUACGUGGGACCAUAGAUGACAAUUCUGUUGCUUCUGUUUGUUCUGCUGCUUUAUUUGAAGAGUUGACUACCGGAUGGGAAGCUGCUAUAGAUGUUCUAAAUCAAGCUCUUUCUACUGUUCUUCCAGAAAGAAGAAGCCAAAGUCAUCAACUUGAAUUAUUAUUCAAUUUCCACAUGAACCUACUUUGGAAACAUCACUCGCAAUCAGAAUUAGCAAACGUUUGGAAGUUCGUUUUACAAGGGUUGCAGAUAUAUCCAUUCAGCCCUAAACUCUACAAUGCAGUUGUUCAAAUCGGACAUCUUCAUACUUCACCUAAUAAACUAAGGUGGAUCAUUGAUGACUUCUUACAUAAGAAACCAUCAGUGACGCUUUGUCUCUUUGCUUUAUCAUAUGAGAUUAGUAAGGGAAGUUCAUGUCAUAGAAUACAUAGAAUCUUUGAAAAGGCGUUGGCUGACAACGUGUUGCGGGAUUCUGUACUGUUGUGGCGACUGUACAUCGAUUAUGAUAUUCAUGUGGCGUGUGACUUGUCUGCGGCUAGACGAGUUUACUUCCGUGCCAUCCACACAUGUCCAUGGUCAAAAAAACUAUGGCUGGAUGGGUUCACCAAACUAAACUCUGUGUUAACCACAAAAGAGCUUUCGGAUCUGUUGGAAGUUAUGCGAGACAAAGAAAUCAAUGUGAGGACUGAUGUGUAUGAGAUCCUUUUGCAAGACGAGAUGGAUUUAUCCUCGUAACUUGAAGCAAAACAGAAUUACGUGCUCAUGGGAUCCGCCUUCUGUAGUUUUCUACUAUCUCGACUCCAAUUAUUGUACGUCAUUGUUACUUGUACAGAUCAUGCGUCAUCCAUUACAUAGUGUACAAUGCUUUUGAAUAGAGGUGACAAAAUGGGUAGGUUGGAUU